GUUCACCGCUCAGUGUACGGUGUGAAGUCGACGAGUAAAGACGUAAAAUCGGGAGCGCUCAUGAAGUUCUUCCUACCGAGUUCGGUCCGAACGGUUGCUUCCAGCUCAAUACACAUGCUUCGACCAAAGAGCUUGUGUAUGGAGAAUAUCGUCGAAUGAAAGAGUUGCAAAAGUGUGUUUUUGCUCGCAUCGAAAGAGAGAGAGUGUGUGCCGUGAGUCAAGAAUAAUAAGGAGAAGACAAGAAGCUUGAAGUAUAUGUAUAGGAAUAAUAAGUCUAGCGAAAGACUUGGAGCUCUUGAAUGCAUGAUAAAGUGAAGAAAAACAUAUAGGUAUACAUGUGGAAGAAGCAUUGAAGAAGAGUGAUCACAAAAAAUCAUUUAUAUACGGUGAAGAAGAACUAAACAAAACACACUGAAAUAACAACGAUAUAUUUCUCAUUUACAAAGUCUCCAGUGAUGUUGAACGAGUGUAAAGAAGAAAAUUUAAGUAAAGGAAUUCAGGAAAUCUGAUACGAAGAACAAGAAAUGCUACGAUCCUGAUUUGAAUCCAAGUAGAGUGUUAUGCGCUUCGGUGCAGUUGAAAUACGUGGAAACGGAUUUUGUUUGAAACUGUGAAUCACAUUGAAGAGCAAGUAGAAUGAACGGAAAGUAAUAAAGUGAUAAAAGACAACUGAUAGUUUUAAUCGUAUGUGAUAUCAACGCAAUUGAAAAUAUGAUGAUGGAGGAAGCGAAUUUUAUGCUGACUGAAAUCCCUGGCGCAUUUAUAUCUCAUCGACCACAUGUAAUACAUCGCUUCGUACCGUAUCCGUUGCAUCAACCACAUUUACAACCCGCACCGAUCUACAUUCACCAACAGCCGAGGGUGAUAAGCAGACCGAAAACGCCUCCCACACCGCCAGCACCGGAAGGAACUCACAUUGGACAUCUGUAUCCGGAGAUUCUUGCCAUCAUAUUUGAAAAGCUUAGUGUGAAGGACCGCGGCAGAGCAGCACAAACAUGCACCGUGUGGCGCGAUGUCGCUUAUUCGAAGAGUUGUUGGAGGGGUGUGGAAGCUACCCUUCACCUGCGGCGUCCUUCUCCCAGUUUAUUCACAUCGAUAGUAAAGCGUGGCAUUAAAAAGGUGCAAGUGCUUUCGGUUAAACGCCCCGCUCAUAUAAGAGAUGUUGUUGUUGGUAUACGAAAUCUAGAAUCUUUGAAUCUUAGUGGAUGUUAUAAUAUUACCGAUAUUGCACUGGGAUAUGCAUUUUCAUCGGAUCUUAUGAAUCUACGGACGCUGGACCUAUCAUUGUGUAAACAAGUUACCGAUUCCAGUCUAGGGCGCAUUGCGCAACAUUUGAAGAACGUAGAAAUACUGGAACUCGGCGGUUGCAGUAACAUCACUAACACAGGCUUAUUGCUGAUUGCAUGGGGAUUAAAAAAACUAAAGCGGCUGAACCUUCGAUCGUGCUGGCAUCUAACCGAUCAAGGUAUUGGUCAUUUAGCCGGUAUGAGCAAGGAAACUGCUGACGGUACACCAGCCUUGGAGCAUUUGGGCCUGCAAGAUUGCCAGCGCCUGUCUGACGAGGCACUUCGUCACAUAGCGCAAGGACUCACAUCAUUAAGAAGCAUCAACCUUAGUUUUUGCGUGUCUGUCACUGACAGUGGUUUGAAACACCUGGCAAAAAUGACCAAAUUGGAGGAGCUGAACCUGCGAGCAUGUGAUAACAUAUCGGACAUUGGUAUGGCAUAUCUGACGGAGGGCGGCAGUGCCAUCGUUUCAUUGGAUGUUAGUUUCUGUGAUAAGAUUGCAGAUCCAGCAUUGACCCAUAUUUCGCAAGGGUUGUUUCACCUGCGGUCGUUGAGUCUCAGUGCAUGCCAGAUAACCGACGAGGGGUUAGCUAGAAUUGCCAAAUCCUUGCACGAUCUGGAAACGCUGAACAUUGGGCAAUGCGCCCGUAUCACCGACAAGGGACUGGAGUCGCUAGCGGAGGAGUUAAUCAAUUUACGUGCCAUCGAUCUGUACGGCUGCACUCGACUGUCGCCGAUUGGAUUAAAUAAAAUUUAUAAACUACCGAGACUGUCUAAAGUUAAUUUAGGAUUAUGGCAUGUCAGGUGAUGUGUUAGUUUAUUAUGAAAUGAUUGUUAAAUUUUAGUUUUUUAUUAUUGAAAUUGUAACUAGACAUGCGAUAGUAUUCUCUGUUACAGGGACUUUAGGUGUAAAUUGUAGGAAAAAUUGUCUCAAAUCCAUGAUUUAGCUAAAAGAAAUUAACCGAAAAAUAACAUCAUUAAAAUCAUUUCCACUUAAUACUCUCUAUCACAUGUCUACUCGAGAGUUUAAUGUGAAUGCGCUAAAUUGGAUAUAAAACAUUUGCUAUGUUAGCAGACAAAAAUGAAUUUUGUAAAUAAUGAUGAAAAAUGAGAAAAGACUAUGAAUAAAUAUGGGAAAGCCAGAAAUUAGGUCUUUACCUGAAAUUAACAAUGGA